AUGAGCUCGUCAAAUGGCCACCGUCGCCAUGGCUCCAUUGACCCCUUCUCCCAUCCAGACGUCUACUACGGCAAUGACGAGACGAUUGGGCGGAUUGGUGAUCGCAGGCGCGCAUUUUCAGCGAGCCUGAACGACUAUACCCGUGAAGAUAUCCAAGAGUUCUUUGGGACUAUUCCAUCUCGACGAGGCAGCCAUGACGAGGCGUCCGGCCAGCCCCGCAAGUUCCUCAUCGAGGUCGACGAAACCCUCGAGGCUCUCCUCAAGCAGGAGGACACGGAUAAGAAUAUGCAAAUCACGAUUGAAGACGUCGGGCCGAAGGUGCUCUCGGUCGGAACCGCCUCAUCCUCUGGCUUCCACCGGGUGGACGUGCGGGGCACGUAUAUGCUUUCCAAUCUCCUGCAGGAGCUCACCGUCGCCAAAGACUACGGUCGCAAGCACAUCAUUCUGGAUGAAGUGCGUCUGAGCGAGAAUCCAGUGGCACGGCUCUCUCGCCUGAUCAAAAACACUUUCUGGAAGGCGCUCACAAGGCGGAUCGAUGGCUCCAACAUCGAAGUGGCUGGCCGAGACCCUAAGGACUGGACGGCAGACCCGCGACCCCGAAUCUAUAUUCCACCGGGCGCGCCGUUGCAGUUUGAAUACUACACGCGAAUUGCCAAGGAUCACCCCGAGCUGCGGUUGGACGUGGAAAUGCUCGAGGCCAAUAUCACCCCGGAAUAUGUGACGAAACUCAAUGACAAACCGGGGCUGCUGGCAUUGGCCAUGCAGAAGAAGUACAAUGAGUCUACCAUGCAGAAUGACCUGGUUGGCGUGCCGUUUGUGGUGCCGGGAGGUCGAUUCAAUGAGCUGUACGGAUGGGAUAGCUACAUGGCGUCCUUGGGACUGCUCGUCAGCGAUCGUGUCGAUCUUGCCAAGGGCAUGGUCGUCAACUUCUGCUUCUGCAUCAAACACUACGGCAAGAUCCUGAACGCGAAUCGGUCCUACUACCUGACCCGAUCACAGCCCCCAUUCCUCACCGACAUGGCUCUCCGGGUGUAUGAGAGAAUCAAGAACGAACCCGAUUCGAAGGAAUUCAUUCGAAACGCCGUUCUGUCUGCCAUAAAGGAAUACCACAGCGUCUGGGCUGCUGAGCCUCGUUUGGAUCCGGCCAGCGGCCUCUCGCGGUAUCGCCCCGAAGGCUUUGGGGUGCCGCCAGAGACGGAGCCGACGCACUUCAAGCAUAUUCUCACCCCGUAUGCGGAAAAGAACGGGAUGACUUUCGAAGAGUUCGUCAGGGCGUACAAUUGGGGCAAAGUGAAGGAGCCCGAGCUCGACGAGUAUUUCCUGCAUGAUCGAGCCGUGCGUGAGUCGGGUCACGACACCAGUUACCGUCUGGAGCGAGUAUGCGCCAACCUGGCCACGGUGGAUCUCAACUCGCUGCUGUACAAGUACGAGGUCGACAUCGCCCGGAUUAUUCGCAUUCACUUCAAGGACAAGCUGGAUAUCCCGGUAGAGUUCCGCACUGCCUCGACCCAGGAUGUCGAGUUUGAAACAUCGGCUGCAUGGGAUCGUCGAGCACGCAGGCGCAAGCAGCGCAUGGAUCAGCUGCUGUGGGACCCGGAGAAGGGCAUGUACUUUGACUACGACACCGUCAAGCACGAGCGCACGGGCUACGAGACCGCGACGACGUUCUGGGCCAUGUGGGCCGGCCUGACCUCGCCCGCGCAGGCGGCAGAGAUGGUGCAGAAGGCCCUUCCCCGGUUCGAAGCCUUUGGGGGCUUGGUUUCGGGGACAGAGGAGUCCCGCGGCGCCGUGGGCUUGGAGCGCCCGAACCGGCAGUGGGAUUACCCGUAUGGCUGGGCGCCGCAGCAGAUGCUCGCGUGGACGGGCCUCCUGCGGUACGGGUACCAGGACGAGGCCGAGCGACUGGCUUAUAAGUGGUUGUACAUGAUCACCAAGGCCUUUGUCGACUUCAAUGGCGUGGUUGUCGAGAAGUACGAUGUGACUCGCCCUAUCGACCCGCACCGGGUGGAUGCCGAGUACGGGAACCAGGGCACGGAUUUCAAGGGCGCUCCCCGGGAAGGUUUCGGAUGGGUUAACGCCAGUUACGUUUAUGGGCUGGAGAUCCUCAAUGCCCACAUGAGACGCUCUCUGGGAGCCAUCACGCCGUACGAGACGUACCACAAGGCGGUCAUGGCGCAGGAUAAGUAUUGA